GAGAUCGAGAGAAGAGAUAAAUAGACUUGGAAGGUAGAGGAGCUGUUAGCUAGGUAGCUACCGCUGCUAGUCUCUACUCGUCUCUGCACUGCUCACUGUUGUAAGGUUAGCUUUGGUUGGUGAGAGCAAGAAGUGGCAGAAGAGAGAAUUGAGCCGAAGCAGCUGCGCGUAACAGGCGGGAGGUAGCGAGCCCAGGCAUGGACUGCGGCGGCAGGGAGCAGCAGAUGCAGAUGGUGUGCGUGCGGAGCGCGUCGACCGGCGGCGGCGGCGGCGAGGAGGAGGAGGCGUCGGAGUGGGACCAGUCGUCGUCGCGGUCGGCGCUGUCGCUGUUCAAGGAGAAGGAGGAGGAGAUCGAGCGGAAGAAGCUGGAGGUGAGGGAGAAGGUGUUCUCCAUGCUGGGCCGGGUCGAGGAGGAGACCAAGCGCCUCGCCUUCAUCCGCCAGGAGCUGGAGGUGAUGGCGGAUCCGACGCGGCGGGAGGUGGACACGAUACGGAAGCGGAUCGACAAGGUGAACCGCCAGCUCAAGCCUCUCGGCAAGAGCUGCCUCAAGAAGGAAAAGGAAUACAAAGCGUGCCUAGAGGCUUACAACGAGAAGAGCAACGAGAAAGCGACGCUUGUCAACAGGCUGAUGGAGCUUGUGGGCGAGAGCGAGCGGCUGCGGAUGAAGAAGCUCGAAGAGCUCAACAAAACGAUAGAGGGGCUCUACUAGAUUUGGGCUUGGAGAGGCCCACCAAAAGAGCUUUUCAGUGUGCAAUUUCUUCCUCUUCUUCUUCUUCUUUUCUUAUGACACGAUGAAGAGCCAAAAAAAAAAAAUUGUGUGACCUCACAUGUGUCGUCGCUUGAUAUCUGAUGGGGAUCACGACCUAUAUGUUUUGUAUGGUUCAGUUAAUUUGCAACGUCAUUGUCUCAAGAGAAAAAAAAUCCUUUUUUUCCCAAUUAGAGUGGUCCAAAAGGCGAUUCAUUUGGAAGCAAAAAAGCGUAAUUAACA